UUUGAAAAUCUGAAGACUGAAGUUUCAAAAUCAACAGAUGAAGGGCUUAUGCCUGAAACAUUGACUCUCCUGCUCCUCGGACGCUGCCUGACCUGCUGUUUUUCCAGCGCCACAUUUUUUGACUGACUCUCCAGCGUCUGCAGUCUUCACUUUGAUGUCAAUGUCUGACAGUCACUCAAUCCAUCGGGACCACAACAAUUUUUGAUUUUGAUUUCUGUGAGAGGGAUCAACGCUUUUUGGUUCCUGUUUGAGGACGUUUUCAACAUCAGGUGGGACUGGACAAGAGACCCCACUGUUGCAGCGCACUGUGUGUGGAGCCUGAAACAGUUAUACGGCCUGGGAAGGGGAUUUCACGGCAGGGAGGAGGUCUACACGUGUUUGUGUGCAGCUGAAGCUGUGGCCAUGGAGAAACCCGAGGAAUCCCGCCCCGUGGAGAAACCAUGGAAGUGUGGUGACUGUGGGAAAGGCUUCCGCGUACCGUCUGCCCUGGAGACUCAUCGGCGCAGUCACACCGGGGAGAGGCCAUUCCCCUGCACCGACCGCGGGAAGGCCUUCAGACAUUCCUCCCACCUGCUGGCCCACCAGCGGGGCCACACGGGGGAAAGGCCCUUCAGCUGCCCAGAGUGUGGGAAGGCCUUCAGCACUUCCUCCACCCUGCUGAGCCAUCAGCAUGUCCACACAGGAGAGAGGCCGUUCAGCUGCCCUGAGUGUGGGAAGGCCUUCAGGUAUUCCUCCACCUUGCGGACCCACCGGCGUUUCCACGCGGGGGAAAGGCCCUUCAGCUGCCCUGAGUGUGGGAAGGCCUUCAGGUAUUCCUCCAUCUUGUGGACCCACCGGCGUUUCCACACGGGGGAGAGGCCCUUCAGCUGCCCCGAGUGUGGGAAGGCCUUUACCCGCGUCUCUGCCUUGCGGAGCCACCGGCGUGUCCACACCGGGGAGAGGUCCUUUAGCUGCCCUGAAUGCAGGAAGGCCUUUACCGACAUCUCCUCCCUGUUGAAGCAUCAGCAGAUCCACACGGGGGAGAUGCCCUUUACCUGCUCUCAGUGCGGGAAGGCCUUCAGCACAUCCUCCCACCUGCUGACCCACCUGCAUGUCCACACAGGGGAGAGACAGUACACCUGCCCUCACUGCGGGAAGGGCUUCAGGUAUUCCUCCGGCCUGCUGACCCACCAGCGGGUCCACACAGGGGAGAGACCGUACACCUGCUCUCAGUGCGGGAAGGGCUUCACCUACUCCUCCCACCUGCGGAGACACCAGCGGAUCCACACGGGGGAAAAGCCCAUCAGCUGCCCAGAGUGCGGGAAGGCCUUGACCGACAUCUCCUCCCUGAUGAAGCAUCUGCGGAUCCAUACCGGGGAGAGACCGUACACCUGCCCUCAGUGUGGGAAGGGCUUCAGCACAUCUUCCUCCCUGCUGAGGCACCAGCGGAUCCACACAGGGGAGAGACCAUACACCUGCCCUCAGUGCGGGAAGGGCUUCACCUGCUCCUCCAACCUGCGGAGACACCAGCGAGUUCACGUGCCAUUGCAGGGGGAGUGAAGGAGUGACGGCCGAGUCCCAUUAUCGACCGGACUAUCAACCCGGUUCCGGGGACUCCCGGGUUCGAAUCCCGCCACGACAGAUGGCAGAAUUGGUAUUCGGUCAUAAGACACAGAACUUAUAUCAAAAGAUCAGUGUCAUGCAACUGAUAGAAUAUAUUGAACAAACUUAGAUAGUCUUCAUCGCUUAGAAUGGGUGUGGGCUUUGGUUCAUUAAUAUGUAACAAUGUUCUUGAGAUGACAAGGUUUUAUACAAGAAAGGCAUCUCCGCUCAGACAAUGCAUUAAAGGUGUAAGAUUUGAGUCUGUCUGUAUUCCAAUCUUGAAUCAGACCGGUUCUGUUUCCAAAGUCGGAAUUUGUAAAAUAUUGCAUGGA